AUGGAUCACAAUUUCGUCCACCACUGGGGCUUUGACUUUAUGGGUCCAUUUCCAAACUCUAAUGGUUUCUCAUACAUACUAAAUCAUAUUAUCUGUCGCUUUGGAUCACCACGAGCAAUCGUGAUUGAUCAAGGCACCCACUUUUGUAACAGGAGAUUAACAGGCCUUCUGAAGAAACAUGGCAUCAUUCACAAGAUAGCAACAACUUACCAUCCCCUGACUAAUGGGCAAGCCGAGGUGUCUAAUAAAGAGCUAAAGCGCAUAUUGCAGAAGAUGGUUAAGCCUCAUCAAAGGGACUGGAGCACCAGACUUGUUGAUGCACUCUGGGCUUAUCGGACAGCAUACAAGACACCCAUAGGAAUGAGUCCAUUCCGCCUGGUCUAUCGCAAAUCUUGUCACCUUCCAGUGGAGGUAGAGCACAAAGCUUUUUGGGCGGUAAGAGAAAGCAACAUGGGGUUUGAGAAAGCCGGAGCUGAAAGAAAGCUGCAACUACAAGAAUUAAAGAACCUUUGCCUAGAAGCUUAUGAGAACUCCAGGCUAUACAAAGAGAAGGUGUAG